GCCCGGGCAGGCGGGGGCUAGCUGCGGGGGACCCCCGCACCCCCCACCCCACUGGGAGAGACCCCGGGCUCCCGCCCUCAGCCCGCGGCCCUAGCCCCGCGGAGGGAGCCCAGCGUCCGACCCCCCCCGCCCCCCGGAGCCGGGGAGGGAGCCCAGCGUCCGGGCGCCCUCCCCCCUCCCUCCCCCGCCCCCCGCAGUUCCUGUUCCUUUGUCCGGUAACAAUGUUGCGGCUCCGCCUUCCGGCCGGGCCGGGGCCAGGCUCCACCCCGGGCCCGGAGCCGAGACGCGGCGGGCGCGGGCGCACGGCGGCCCCGGGGCUGGGGCUGGUGGGAGCCGGGGGGUAAGAGCCAGGCUCCAGGGGGUAGGAGCCCGGGCGGGGGGCAACAGGCAGGAAAGGGGCAGACCCUGGCCCUGCCGGGGGUGCGACGCCAGGCAGGCCCGAUCCUGCCCCGCGGGGGGGUAGGAGGCAGGAAGAGGGCAGGUAUUCCCCCCCAAGGGGGGGCAGUAGAUCAGGGAGGCCCCGAUCCUGCUUCGCUGGGGGGUCGGAGGCAGGAAGAGGGCAGAAGUUUUCCCCUUGGGCCGGGGUAAGAGACAGGAGGAGGCAAAAACUUGCCCUUUAAGUGAGUAAGAGGUAAGGGAGGCCCUGAUCCUGCCCCACGGCGGGUGGGCGGGGGGUUAAGAGGCAGGAAGAGGGCAGAAGUUUUCCCCCUGGAGGGGGGUAAGAGACAGGCAGGGGCGUAAUCCUACCCCUCAGAGGGGUAGUAGUUCGGGGGCCCCUGAUCCUACCCCCCCAGAGGGGCUACGGGCCAGGAAGGACCCUCAAGGGGGGCACAGCCUGGCGAAGCCCAUGGGCCAGUUGCCCCCCGUGCCUUGACCCCCCCCCCGGCCGUGGCGAUGCCCCAUGGAGCUGCCCUGGGGCCGGCCGGAGGAGGGGGCCGGGGCCCCGGGUGAGGCGCUGCCGGCGCUGGUGGACUUCGGGGAGCUGCGGCUGGAGGAGGUGAUCGGGGCGGGCGGCUUCGGGCAGGUGUACCGGGGCGCCUGGCGCGGGCAGCGCGUGGCGGUGAAGGCGGCGCGGCGGGACGCGGACGGCGAGCCGGGCGCGGCGGCCGAGAGCGUGCGGCAGGAGGCGCGGCUCUUCGCCCGCCUGCGCCACCCCAACAUCAUCAGGCUGCAGGCCGUGUGCCUCCAGGAGCCGCACCUCUGCCUGGUGCUGGACUUCGCCGCCGGCGGCCCCCUCAGCCGCGCGCUGGCCGGGCGCCGCUUCCCGCCCGCCGUGCUGGUGGACUGGGCCCUGCAGAUCGCCCGCGGCAUGCGCUACCUGCACGCCGUGCCCGUCAUCCACCGCGACCUCAAGUCCAACAACGUGCUGCUGGCGGAGCCCGUGGACCCAGAGGCACCGGGCGGGAACACGCUGAAGAUCACGGACUUCGGGCUGGCGCGGGAGUGGAACCGCACCACCAAGAUGAGCGCGGCCGGCACCUACGCCUGGAUGGCACCCGAGGUCAUCAAGUCCUCCACCUUCUCCCGCGGCAGCGACGUCUGGAGCUACGGGGUGCUGCUGUGGGAGCUGCUGACGGGCGAGGUGCCCUAUCGCGGUAUCGAUGGCCUGGCCGUGGCCUACGGCGUCGCCGUCAACAAGCUGACACUGCCGAUCCCAUCCACCUGCCCCGAGCCCUUUGCCCAGCUCAUGGCUGAGUGCUGGGACCAGGACCCCCACGAGCGGCCGAGCUUCGGAGCGGUGCUGAGCCAGCUGGAGGCGCUGGAGCAGCAGGGCCUGGCUGAGCUGCCGCCGGGCUCCUUCCACUCACUGCAGGACGACUGGCAGCUGGAGAUCCAGGCCAUGUUUGACCAGCUGCGCGCCCGUGAGAAGGAGCUGCUGAGCCGGGAGGAGGAGCUGGCGCGGGCAGCGGUGGAGCAGAAAUGCCAGGAGGAGGCGCUGCGGCAGCGCGAGCACCAGUUGGCCCAGUGGGAGCUGGAGGUCUUCGAGCGAGAGCUGAGCCUGCUGCUGCAGCAGGCCGCCCGUCAGCCCCCCCUGCUCAAGCGCCGCCGCGGCACCUUCCGGCGCGCCAAGAGCAAGGGCCGGGAUGGCGGUGACCGCAUCAGCAUGCCCCUUGACUUCAAGCACCGCAUCACCGUCCAGGCGUCUCCUGGGCUGGACCGGCGCAACGUGGCUGAGGGAGGGGCCGGGGGGUCCCCCACCUUCCCCCGCUUCCGGGCCAUCCAACUGGAGCCCGUGGAGAGCACCCCCAGCUGGGCCCGGCCGGCGCCGCGUCGGGGGGACGAGCCUGGGACUGGGGAGCGACGCCCCAAGGCUUGGGGCCCUGGGUCCCCCACGCAGAAUGGCAGGCGGAAGUCACGGCUGGACGAUACAACGUGGUACCUGGAGUCUGAGGAGCCCCCCACGGGGGAGGGGACCCUAAAUGGUGAUGCCAGUGGGACCCAGGAGUCAGAGCGGGGGCUGAUCCAGCGGGCGCUGCUACGGGGCACGGCCCUUCUGGCCUCCCUGGGGCUGGGCCGGGACCUGCCUGCCCCCGCGCCCCCCCGGGAGGAGCGGGGCCCCCCACCCAGCCCCCCCCAUGCCCCCACUCCUCCACCUUCCCCUGAGCUCAUCCACUUCACCCCCCCACACAGCCCCGUGGAGCUAGGGGGGACCGGGGAGGGGGGUCCCCGGACUCCGGGGUCCCCCGAGCCCGGGCAGGAAGGGGCUGCCCGGAUGCCUGGGUUCUCGGAGCUGAGCCUGGAGGGGGCCGCCCGGACGCCUGGGUCCCGGGAGCCGAGGCCAAAGGGGGCCGCCUGGACGCGUGGGUCCCAGGAGCCCAGCCAUAGAGGAGCCGCCCAAACGCCUGACUCCCCAGAGCUGAGCGUGAAGGGGCUCGCCCGGACGCCUGGGUCCCCGGAGCCCAGCCAUAAGGGAGCCGCCUGGAUGCCUGGGUCCCCAGAGCUGACUGUGAAGGGAGCCGCCCGGACGCCUGGGUCCCCAGAGCCUGGCCCUAGAGGAGCUGCCCGGACGCCUGGGUCCACGGAGCCCCUAAGCGACCCGGCCCCUCGGGGCGACCGGGGGGCGCUGGCCCCACUGUGGGUGCAGCGCUCCCCCAAGAGCCCGCGGCCGGCGGAGAAGUGGGGUGGUGCCCUGCCCUCACCCUCGUCCCCCCGCAGCCCCCACUCCCCCCGGCCCUGCCCCCGCACCGGCCCCCUGGCCCGCCCUCGCCCCUCCCCCGUGCGCAGCCGCAUCGACCCCUGGAGCUUCGUGUCGGCCGGGCCCCGUGCGUCCCCCGCCCCGUCCCCCCAGCCCCCGCCCCGGCGCCUGGCGCCCCCCGACCCCGCCAACCCCUUCGACACCUCCGACCCCUUCGACCCCUUUGCCCCCGAGCCUGGGGGGCUCAGCCCCUUCCCCUCACCCCCGCCCCGCCGGCCCCCCACCCGCCCCGACCCAGCCGGAGGCCCCCAACCCCAGCCCUGGUGGGUGACGGACGAGGGCAGGGCCUGGAAGUGAGGCACAAGGGGGAGACAAGAAGUCCCACCCCAGCCCUGCAUGGACAGGAAGUCCCGCCUUCUUCUGGAUCUUGAGCCCUGGAAGGUCUGCGAUGGCAAGAGGAGCCAGACAGGAAGUCCAACCCCUCUGGGGGAAGAAGUCCCAACUUCCACUGGACCUUGCGCACACAAAGUCCUGAGCCCAACAGGGCCCAGGCAGGAAGUCCCGCCUUUCUGCUGGUUGGCGGCACAGGAAGCCUUGCCAAAGACUGAACUGGAGGCAGGAGCAAUACAGGAAGUCCCGCCUGUGCUCCACCAGCUUGGGAUACUUCACACGGGAAGUACCUUGCACUUCUGCCUGGCAAAACAGGAAGUCCCACCCUCUUUGGACACGAUACAGGAAGUUGCACCUGUCUUCCCUCCCUCAGGACACUUCAUGCAAAACAGGAAAUCCCAUCCUUGAAGGAUUGCUGUGCAGGAAGUCCUCCCCCUUCCUGCACUGGGCACAGGAAGUCCUGGAGCUAACAGAAGCAAACCAGGAAGUUCCGCCCUCUUUGGACACUGGAUACAGGAAGUCCUACCCUCUCUGGCUUUAGGGGCACAGGAAGUCCUGCCUCUUGCAGAUUGCAGCCAAUGGGGGGGAGGCUUUGUCUAUACACUGGAAGGGGAGGGGCCCCCAGGUGCACUGGGGGUGAUGGGGCCAAAAUGAUGCACUGCGGGGGGCUGAUCCCGCCAGGCUGCCCCGGCCCUGCAGCAGCACAGGGCACGGGUAGGGCUGGGGGUGCAGCUCGGGGGGGCGGGGCUUUGGUUCUGUAGAUACUAAAGGUGUGUCCCCCCCCCCCCGGGGUGGAGCCCAGGUGUCCGGGACCAGUCGUGCCCCCAGCUCUCAGGAAUCUCCCCCCCCCCCCCAACGUGCGAGCGCACGUGCGUGUCUGUGACGUGAGCUACUGAUUUCUCCUCGACCCCAAUUCACUGUGAGGGCACUGGCAUACGGGGGGGGGGCGCCUUGUGAGUUCAGUUUUUGGGGGGGCAGGACGGCUGCUGUGACACUUAUGGACCAAGACCAAAUAAACUCAGCUGCCUCCAAACCUC